AUGUUUUUAAAAUCUAUCGCAAGUAUACCGCUCCGUAUUUUCACGGUUCAACGGUCUCUUAGGUCUGAAAAUCAUCAAAUAACAAAUGCAUUAAAAUACAUUCUUAAAAGAAGUUACAGUUCCACCCCUGCUGGAAUGAAAGUUACUAUUUGUGGUGCCGCUGGAUGUACUGGGGAACCGCUGGCUUUACUAUUAAAACAAUGUCCAUUACUGGAUGAAAUAGCGCUCCACGACGUCUGUGCGACUUGCGGAUACGGCAUGGAACUCAGCCAUGUUGAUACCAAAUGUAAAGUGUCCUCUUUCUCUGGAGCUCACAUGUUAUGUGAUGCCUUAAAGGGCGCUCGUGUUGUGGUCAUAGUUGCAAGGCAGGACGCGGACACUUUUGAAAAUAAUGCCCCAAUAUUGACAGAAAUCACUCUACAGAUUUGCAAUACUUGUCCUGACGCGUUCACAAUAGUAGCGACUGAACCAGUAGAAAGCUUAGUGCCCCUAGUUGGAGAAAUACAAAGACUCCGUUCAAAGUACAACCCGAGACGGUUACUAGGAUGCGUGGAGUUGAACUGUGUUCGAGCCAACACUGUAUUAGCUGACUUUCUCCGAGUACCACCGGAGUCUGUAAGAGUGCCCGUUGUUGGAGGAGCCACUGCACAGACCAUGGUCCCUGUACUGUCUGCUGCUGUACAUCCUUGCAAAAUGAGUCAAGAGCAGAUCGAAUGUGCGACUUCGUGUAUAAUGAGUGGGACUGAAGCUAUUUGCGCGGCGAAAGGUUGUUGUACAGCCACAGCGUGCUUAUCCGGUGCAUAUGCCGUCGCUAGAACAACAAUUAACGUGGUGAAGGGACUUCAAGGAAAUCCUAAAGUAAUACAAUGCGCCUACGUAGACAGUUUGGGUACGUGUGCACCCAAUUGUCAAUUCUUCGCUAGUGAGGUAGUUUUAGGUCCAUCGGGUAUAGAAAAGAAUCUUGGUGUUCCUGAGCUGUCUAAAUUCGAAAAUUGUCUUUUGUGCAAUUGUCUUCCUUACGUUCGCAACGAAAUAGCGCGCGCUAUUUGGCUGGUGUACACGAUGUGCCAGCAAUGUUGCUGUGGCACGUGCAUCGCGCACCCGGGCACGUGCUACACGCCGCCUAUCGUGCCAUGCGUGCCGCCUGUAAACUGGACCUGCGACUGCCCUGACGCUUGCCGCGAUGAAUAUCUUGCUUCGAUAUGUCGCGAAAUGACAUGCAAAUGCGGCAGCAGGGAGCUCUGUUGGCGCCCUCGUGAAGCCGAGUUUGAUGCAAAGCGCGCCGCCAACCUCACCCACCAGAUGCCGCUAAAAAGUCCAGCGUGUUCUCUGCGAACUAUUCCUAGAAGUGUGCUCAUAGAAAAGCAAAUGAGGCAGAGGGCUUCUGAACCGUCGGUAUAGAGGGGAAACAACCCAGAGUAUGCCUCAGCAAUAUACCUGGUUGAAGAGAACUUGUA